AUGCCGCUGCAUGCACCGCCGCUUGCAAGCAACAGCAGCAGCAGCAGCAGCAGCAGGAACAGGAGCAGCAGUUGUGGCUUUCUUAGCAGUCAGCUUGAACGCUGUUCGUACACCCCAGCUACUGGGCGCACACAGGCCUCACCUGCUGCUGCUGCUCCUGCAGCUGCUGCUCCUGCUGCUGCUGCUGCUGCAGUGCAAAAAGGACGGCUGCCGUUCGGAGCUCGCUUGGCAGCUACGCAACAGGAUGCAACUGAGGACAGCAGCAACAGCAGCAGCAGCAGCAGCAGCAGCAGCAAGACCAACAGCAGCAGUAAUGAGGUCGGCAGCGCUCCAUGCACUGAUACACCUCCCGCUGGAAGCAGCAGCAAUGGCAGCAGCAGCAGCAGCAGCGGCAGCAGCAAGAAUUACACUGGCGUAGCGUUAGGUUACGACACCAGCACCAGCAGCAGCAUCAGCAGCAGCAGCAGCAGCAAGCCGAGGAGGGGCCGCCAAUCUCCUUUUGUCGCCCCGCAGCUGCAGCAGCAACAGCAGCAGGAAGCGCUGCAGCAGCAUCAGCUGCAGCAAGCAAUGAUAAGCGGAAGCUUUAUGCCGCCUUCAUUUGGCGCAUCUCCCUUUCACAGCAGCAGCAUCCCGAGCAGCAGCAACAGCAGCAGCAUCCUGAGCAGCAGCAGCAGCCGAGACCCCCUCAGCAGCAGCAGCAGCAGCAGCAGCAGCAGAGGGGGUGCGUUUGUAUCGCACUACUGUAAGCUGUACAGCGCAUCUGAGCUGCGGAGCUAUUUGCUGCGGAAGGGUCUCUCCUUUGCUGAAGAUGGUGAUAAGUUUGUCGUGUCUCUCUGCCCUUUCUGUCCCCCUCACAAGAACAAAAGAGACAAUUUAAAUAAAUUAAUAUUCUUCAAGAACUCAGGCAACUACUACUGCCACAGGUGCGGCAGCAAAGGCAGCCUCUUCAGCUUUAAAAUGCGCACAGGGGACCUCAGCAGCAGCUGCAGCAGCAGCAGCAGCAGCAGCAGCAGCAACGGCUUCGGCGCUGGGUGGGGAGGGGAAGCUGCAGCAGGCGCUGCAGAACUGCAACAGCUGCAGCAGCUGCAGCAGCAACAGCAGCAGCAGGACGUCCUAUUUCCUCUCCUCGCAGACGGUCCGGGGACAACGGCUACCUUCAACCGCUUGCAGCAGCAGCGCCAACUGCAGCAGCAGCAACUUGAUACGUACGCAAAGAACCUCGCUGCUGCUGCUGCUGCUGCAGCUGCUGCUGAUGCUGGCGACAGCAGCAGCAGCAGCAACAUCGAUGAGUGCCACAUGCGAGUGCUGCGCUACUUGACGAAGCAACGAGGCCUAAAGGUUGAGACACUGCUGGAGUUUGGAGUUGGUUCAGGUGUUUUCUACUUCGCCCCUGCCACCGGUGAAGGCCCGAGGGAGCCGCACUGCUGCGUGACGUUUCCUUGGACUCCCGCUACGCACCCAGCAGCAGCAGCAGCACCGACCUCAGCAGCAGCAGCAGCAGCAGCACGCCCAAUACCUGUGCGAGUGAAAAUUCGCAGCAUCGAUGAUAAGAGCUGCAUGCGUCUCGAGCCCUUUGGGGCUGGCUCCUGGGGCCUCUUCGGUGCAGAUGUUGUGCUGCGGCAGUUAUGGAAUAGCAGCAGCAGCAGCAGCAGCAGCAGAAGCAGCAGCAGCAGUCAGGGCCGCAGGAGCGCCAAAAGCAUGGGCGAUGCUACGGUUGCUGCUGCAGCGCCAGCAGCAGCAGCAGCACCAGGCACACAAACAGCAGCAGCAGCAGCCGCAGCAGCAGCAGGAAAGAAUGAAGCAAAAGGAGACAUAGUGUGCGUUGCUGAAGGCGAGUUCGACGCUAUGUCUAUCUGGCAGGAGACAGGUCUCCCAACUGUCUCCGUCCCCAUAGGGGCCCACAGCCUUCCACCUCAGCUGCUGCCUUUCUUUGAACGCUUCAGAUCUAUCUACUUGUGGUUUGAUGAAGAUGCAGCAGGAAGAGAAGGUGCAGAUCUCUGGGCCUCUAAGUUAGGCAUUAGCCGCUGCCACGUCGUGCGUUGUACAGACGAGCUGCUGCAGCACAUGCAGCAGCAGCAGCAGCCGCAGCAGGAGCAGCAGCAGGAGCAGCAGCAAGAGGAGGAAGUGCGUAUCCCUAAAGACGCUAAUGAAUGUAUACUGUCUAAUACGCUUCUUUAUGCUGCUCCUGCUGCUACUGCUGCUACUGGGGAUGCUGGGGAGGCUGCAGUUGCUGCUGGGGAUGCUGCGCCUGCUGCUACUGCUGCUACUGGGGAUGCUGGGGAUGCUGCUGCUGCUGCUGGGGAUGAUGCUGCUGCUGCUGGGGAUGCUGCUGCUGCCGCUGGGGACGGUGGGGAUGCUGCUGCUGCUGGGGGUGCUGUUGCUGCUGCUGUUGGGGAUGCUGCUGCUGGGUUAUUGCGUAUGAUGCUGCUGCAGUUUAGCGGAGGAGCAGCAGGAGACAGCCGCAAGAACUUCUCGAGAGUAGCAGAUGCUUUCGCUCAGCUGCCCUUGUGGUUAAUGCGCUUUCACGGGUCUACUAGUGUUGAGGAGGACGACGAUGUGGCUUUGGGUCUGUCUUCUGUCUUUGGAAGUGUAAAGGCAACACAGGAAGCAGAUAAUGUUAUUAUUCUGCAGCGGCAAGCAGCACGUGUUGCUGCUUCUCACUCGAGAGCGGAGCAGCAGCAACUGCAGCAGCAGCUGCAGCAGCAGAUGCAGCAACUCGCCCCCAGCAGACACAAACAAAGACGCAUGCAGUAUUCUCUAGAAAUUAGAAAGAACAGAUUCUCAGGCGAACUGGGAUCCGUUCCCUACGUCUUCGAUCCCCGAUCCCUCCUUAUGCGUACGCGGCAGCUGCUGCCAGAACGCCAAGGAGACAGUGGGGCGCAGCCAUCAGAAGCAGCAGCAGCAGCAGCAGCAGAUGCUGGCGCACCGAAUGCUGCUGCUGCUGCUGCUGGCAGGGUAGGGGACUUCGGACUGAGCAAUACAUCUAAAGAUGCGGCAUUUAAAAGGCCGCAAGAACAGCAGCAAACCCUUAUGAACAUGUUUACGCCUCGAGGACUGUUGACGUCUACAAUGGAGACAACAGAAAAGAGACAGAGGGAGCAGCAGCAGUUGGAGUUCAAGCGCCGCCUGCCAACAAUAGAAGGGUCUGCUGCUGCUGCUGCUGCUGCUGCUGCUGCUGCGCCUUCCGCUUCCCUCAGAUCAACUCCUGCUGCUUCGACGCAAGACAGAUCUGCUGCAGCAGCAGCAGGAGCAACAACAGCAGAAGCAAGCCCCGUCUCACUAGCAGCAGCAGGUGGGCCGGAAGCGCCAGCAGCAGCAUCAGGAACAGCAGCAAAGACAACAGCAGCAGCAGCAGCAGCUGACGCGAUCGAGCUGUCUGAGGAGCUUCCUAUAUCGCUGCUGCGCGACAUUGCUGCUGCAUUGCCGCUGCAGCAGCCUAUUAAGACAGCAGGGGCUGGGAGAACAAAGCUGCUGCUGCUGGCAGACCUCCAAGCAGCAGCAAACAGAAGCCCCCAAAUCAAGGCAUGCAUUUACCGCAUGCUGCAGCAGCACCAGCGCAUGCAGCAGCAGCAGCAGAUUGCGGACGCUGCAGCAGCAACAAGGUCCACUGACGCCCACGCGCAGCAAGGAGAUGCAGCAGCAGCAGGAGCAGCAGCACCUGCUUCUGCUGCCGCAGGCAGCACCCAGGAGCCCCUCUCUCCUGUAUAUACACCGUUGACUCGUAGCAUUCCGCUGCUGCAGUACUUAGAGCAGCACGGCAGCAGCUAUGCAGCAGCAGCUCGAUCCUAUCUUCCUAGCCCCAAAGACACUGCAGCAGCAGCAGCAAACCUUCAAGCCGAGACCCCGCAGGGAGAUGCUGCUGCUGCUGCUGCUGCUGCUGCGGCUGGGAGUGCGUCAGGCGGCGCUUCGGAUUUAGCAGCUCAGGCUGCAGAAGCAGGUGUCUCCUCUUCGCCUGAAGGAGUCUCCUGCAGCAGCAGCAACAACAGCACCAACAGCAACAACAGCAGCAGCAGCAGCAGCGACAGCGACAGCGACAGCAGCAGCAACAGCAGCAGCAGCAGCGGCAGCAGCGAGGAAGAGGUGUAUGUGCAGGUGCCUAUAAAUGCGAUGGACAAUCGCCUGUCUGCAGAUUUUGUAUUGAUUGACUCAGCAGCAAAAGCACAGAAAGUGGAGCCGCUGCUGCUGCACUUGCUGCAGUUCCUAGAGAAGGCCAACACGCAGCGACAGCAGCAGCAGCAGCAGCAGCAACAGCAGCAACAGCAGCAGCAGCAGCAGCAGCAGCAGCAGCAGUUGAAUCCGGAGUGGCAGCCUGAAGCAGGCAGCUACCGCCAGCCUGAGGGCCUCAUUGCGAUGGGCUUAGACGUGGAGACGACGGGGCUCGAUCCCAGGACCGCUCAACUAAGAUUGGUGCAGGUGGCUCUGCCUGAGCUUCCUUGCUUGAUGUAUGAUAUGUGGAAGCUACCUGUCUCCUCGCUGCGGGGUUUGCUGCUGCUGCUGCAGUCUCCUCUUAUAACUAAAGUAAUGCACAACGGCAAAUUCGAUCUCAGCUUCCUCUCUCACUUCCUCCUCACUCUCCAGCAGCAGCAGCAGCAGCAGCAGCAGCAGCAGCAGCAAGAUGGUGGAGGUGCCGUUGAGAGUUCUCCUGCUUUGGCUUUCCUCACUGCCCCCAGCAGCAACAACAGCAGCAGCACCAACAGCAGCAGCAGCAGCAGCAACAGCACCACCAUAACCACCAGCGGCACCAGCACCAGCAACAACAACAGCACCAGCAGCAACAGCAUCAGCAGCAGUACCAUCAGCAGCACCAACAGCAACAGCAGCAGCAGCAGCAGCAGCAGCAGCAGCAGCAGUGAGUAUGUGCAACGCGUGAUGCGUGCGAUGGGGGGCGUGAGCCCACCAUACUUUGACACCCUCUUAACCAGCAGAUUGUUAGAGGCAGGACAGAUACACCGGGGCUUCUCUCUUGCACAAGUUUUUGUUUCUAUGGAGAGGACGGGUAUGGCGCUUGAUGCUGCUUGCUGGGAGCGGCUUGCGGAUCGUCUCCGAAGGGAGCAGCAGGAAGCAGCAGACUCGCUGCUGCAGCAGCUAGGGGAGACAGCAGAAACGCUAAACCUCAAUUCGCAGAGACAGAUGCUGGAAGCCCUGAGGCGUGUCGGUGUCUCUCAUGCUCCUGGGGCGCAGCAGCGGCCGCCACCUCCCAAGCCAGCAGCAGCAGCAGCAGCAGAAAACGAGGACUCCACCACAUCCGCAGCAGCAGCAGCAGCCGCAGCAGCAGCAGCAGCAGCAGCAGCAGCGGAUAGGGACCCGUAUGCUUUAAGAGACACUGGGGAUGAAACCCUCAGUCGAUUGACGCACUUCCCUGCUGUUGCUGCUCUACGCAACUUCCGAAGGGUCUCCAAAGCUGUCUCUGCCUUUGUAGAGAGACUGCCUCUUCAUAUUAAUCCUGCAACAGGUCGCAUUCAUGCACAGCUGCAUCAGUGUGGGGCUGGCAGCGGCAGGUUUUCUUGCGAUUCUCCAAAUCUGCAGCAAAUACCCAGAGAGGCUUCCUUUCGUCGCUGCUUCGUUCCUGCUGCUCCGCUGCUGCUGCAGCAGCAAAGCCCCGCCUUCGCAGCCGCUCCAGCAGCAGCAGCAGAAACAGCAGCAGCAGAAACAGCAGCAGCAACAGCAGCAAUACCAGCAACAGCAACACUAGAAACAACACAGGCUGCUACUCCAGCAGAAACAGCAACACCAGCAACAACAACAGCAGCACAAGAAGGAGCAGCAGCAACGCCAGCAACAGCAGCAGAAGCAGCAACAGCAUCACCAGCAACAACAACAGCAGCAGGAGACGCAGCAGAAGCAACACCAGUACUACCAACAGGAACGCCAGCAGCAACGCCAGCAGCAACGCCAGCAGCAACGCCAGCAGCAACGCCAGCAGCAGCAGCAGCAGCAGCAGCAACAGCAGCAACAGCAACAGGAGAGAAGUGGAAAUAUAUUAUUGCAGAUUUCUCACAAAUUGAAUUGCGCAUUGCUGCGGAUAUCGCUGGAGACGAAAAGAUGAUAGAAGCCUACAAACAGGGACGCGACUUGCAUCGGCUAACUGCGUCUUUGCUGCUGUCUAAACCAGAAGAGGAAUUAACAAAAGGAGACAGACAGCUCGCGAAGGCAGUAAACUUUGGCCUCAUCUAUGGUAUCAGUGUGCAGCGCUUCCGCGAAUAUGCGUUUUCUGCAUACGGUGUCUCCUUGUCUCUUGAAGAGGCGCGUCUCUUUAGACAGAACUUCUUCAGACAUUAUAAAGGCAUUACUAACUGGCAUCAGCGGCAAAAGCAUUUGAUGCCUUUGGAGACGAGGACUCGUUCUGGGCGCCGCGCCUUCUUUGACUCUUUCUCCUUUACAAAGGCCCUCAACUACCCCGUGCAGGGUACAUCUGCUGAUAUAACGAAGGAAAGCCUGGCGCUGCUGCUGCCGCGGCUGCAGGAGGUAGAGGGGGAGCUGGUGAUGUGCGUACAUGACGAAGUAAUUGUGCAGCUGCCAGAGAGACAUCAAGAAAGGGGGCUUCAACUGCUGCUGCAGACGAUGAAGGAGGCGGGGGCUCUGUACCUGAGGAGGGUCCCUUGCGAGGCAGAGGGACGCAUAGGGGACUCAUGGGCAGACAAACCCUAA